CACCGAACACUGUUGCUGGAAACAGCACGAAGAACGAUUCUAGAGCGCCAUAAAAGAGAAGGGGCGACGAAGGGAAGAAGGAAUUCGUCGAGAUUGGCAACAAUGGCGUCGAGGGAGAGGGAUCUGGAGCGGCUGAUACCCGUUCCGCCCAAACAGAUUCAGGAGAGCAUCAGCACCAAUGGUGGCUCCAAUUCCUCUGCCUCCGCCGCCCCCUCCGCCAUCAUCUCUCAUAGCUCCGGAAAAGAGGCAUUUUCAAAGCUAAUCCGUAGCUGGGCAUGGAAGAAAUUCAUCACAGGAAGUGUAAUUCUGCUCCCAAUAGCCAUAACAUUCUGUGUUACAUGGUGGUUUAUCCGAUUCGUCGAUAGUUUCUUCUCUCCCAUCUAUGCUCUACUCGGAAUCAAUGUAUUUGGGCUUGGAUUUGUGACCUCCCUAACAUUCAUAUUCCUAGUUGGCGUGUUCAUGUCGUCGUGGCUGGGCGCUUCUGUUCUCAGCUUGGGGGAGUGGUUCAUCAACAAAAUGCCCUUCGUCAGCUACAUCUACUCUGCUUCUAAACAAAUCAGCGCAGCCAUCUCAUCAGAUCAGAAGUCUAAUGCGUUCAAGGAAGUAGCCAUCAUCAGGCAUCCGCGUAACGGUGAGUAUGCGUUCGGGUUCAUUACUUCGACGGUGCUCCUGCGUGGGAACUUGGGUACAGAGGAGCUCUGCUGCGUCUAUGUGCCAACGAACCACCUUUACCUUGGGGAUAUAUACCUGGUCAGCUCUAAAGAUGUCAUGAGGCCUAAUUUGUCAGUGCGGGAAGGAAUUGAAAUCGUGAUCUCGGGAGGGAUGUCGAUACCGGAAAUAAUCACGACAUUGGAAGAAGCGCAAGUGAAUGAUGCAGCUAGGCUGGGGAAGUAUGGAGUGCCACAGGUGUAGAUUUGCACUUUGGAACUUAUAUGCUUCCUUCUAUUCUCUUGUCCAGUUUAAGAAAGGAACUGCCAGAGCUCCGCAAGGUUACCAUGUCCAUGACUAUCUGUGACGGGGUAUGAGACUCAUUGGGUAACGGAGGGAAGGAAGUAUAUUGCGUUGCAAAUGGGGGAAGAAACAGCGGCGUUGGAUCAUUGGACGGAUUGAAAGAACAGUUGCAACUAUGUGUAUCUGUGACUGUGGGGGUGAAAGUGGCAGAUUAAGAAGCAAAUGAAAGGUGCUGAGAUGUAUAUUAUUGUUCCUUUCACCGAACUACGAGAAAUGAGAUUAGGAGUAAUUGGUGUUUGUUGAUGGAUGCAUUAAAUGGGGAAACGAUUGCACAAACUUAUUCUGUAAGACAGAUCUCCAGCUGGGUUAAGAAUUGUUGAGCUAGUCAAAAAAUUAUUUAUUAAAAACGGUUUGAAUAU